CCGCCGAGGCUUCUGGGAAGGAAACUGAGCAAGACGAAGCGAGCCCACGCGCUUCCCCUGCCCCUUGCGCGCGCUGAUAGCUCGCAACUUCGGCGUCGCUGUGCGCAGCGUGCGGCCCUCGUGUGAAAUCACAAGUUCUUGAACAACCUUAGAGGGAGAAAAAGUACUGCUGUUACUUCAGUUUAGAUGAUUAAAGUAACUAUAGAGGCAAGAUCUCACCUUGUUCUGGUACUUGCCACCUUCUGCAGCUAUUUUUUUUUAAAUUUUUUAAGUUUGUACAUUUGACACUCACCGCAUCCGAAAAAGCAGCUACUACAGACUUCUUGCGAAGAUAGCUUUUUACAAUGACUAGCCAGGCAUUUUCCCCAGAGGCUGCUUUCCCUCAUGGGAGGCGGAGGGAGAGAUGGGACCCCAGGCUUCUGUCAAGGGAAAGGAUACAGUGGGAAAGGCCAAAAAAGAAAGCCUGCCUCUGUGGUGGAGAUCCCCCCACAAAAAACGGAAGAAAAAGAGUAAAGCAAGAGCAGGAAGACCAGAUUUUACUAGUAUUCCAAGCAGGCCAGAAUUUGUAAGGCAAGAAUUUGUUAGGGCAGAAUUUACCAGGCCUGAAUUUGCAAUAUUUGUAGGAGAGUUAACUCCUGAAGUGGAUGACUUUUUGCUGUAUGACUAUUUUUUUAAAAAGUAUCCAUCAUGUAUAGACUGUAAAGUGGCCACAGAUCUGCUGGGAUAUUCCAGGGGUUAUGGCUUUGUCAGAUUUUCUGAUGAAGGUGAUAUGAUGAGAGCACUGCAAGAUUGUCAGAAUGCACCUGGUCUAGGUGGAAAACGAAUUCGAUUGACUUUAGGAAUUUCUAAAAGACUGAAAGCAGAAUUUCAAAGGUACCAGCCCUAUAGUUAUAAUGACUAUUACCAAGACUAUCAAAACUAUUACCGCCAGUACAAUUAUGAUAGAAAUGAACGCUAUGACCGAUUUGAUCGCUAUGAUCGUUUUGACCGUUUUGAUCGAGGCAGCCGCUUUGGGGAUCGUUUUUCUGAACGUUACCCUGAGCAUUUUGGUGAUCGUUUUCCUGAACGUUAUGCUGAGCGAUUUGGUUCUCGUUUUGGUGAACGCUAUGACUAUCCUGAGUAUGGAGAUUAUCCUGAAUAUGCAGAUUAUAAUGCUGACUAUAGUGAUUAUAAUUAUACUUACGGAUCUUAUGAAAGAAUGCAGCCUACUGGAACUGGGGGACAACAAGCAAUGAAUCCAGCUUUAUUUCAGGAUAGCUGUGGUAUGAUUUUAAAUGAUGAUCUAAUAACAGAAGAUCCACAACUCAACAUAGAUGUUCAUAGAAUGAACAGAGAAUUUAUGGUGAGAAGUGAAGAACUUUUUGACACACUUAUGAGCUGUCAUUGGCAACCUCUGGACACAGUCACUUCCGAGAUCCCUACUGCUUACUAAAAGUGUCUUAUGUUAACACCAUAGCAUGACUAUUUUGACCAAGGUGCUAAAUUGACAUUUCUUCUACAUUACUUUAGAUCCUAAAUUUUAAAGCACAGUGUUGGAUUAUUAUUAUUUUUUUUGCAAUGCUUUGAUGGCCUUUGUAAUUUUGUUCAUCAGUAUCUUGAAAUCAUGUAAAUAUUCUGGAAAUGUAAAGAGUUAAAAUAUGGACUUGCUUAUGUAAAUAAUAAAAACUUUGUUUCUGCAAAUAUGCUUGUAAAAACCUAUUCUUUUACCAUAAAGGAUAUGCUAAGUACUUGGUACUUAGAUCUUCAGUGGUACAUUAACUUAGUUGAUUUCUAAUGGAGGUGGAAUUAAAUUAGGUGGAAAUUUUGAUUCAUCUGGCAAGUUGACAUCAUGCAAGACAAUAUAUGAACAAAAAAUCCAUUUAUUUA